UUUACACCCACAAUGCUUGUUGUUGUUGUGAUGGUUAUUUCCCGUUAUAUUCUGUUUAUUAUAUAUAUAUACUAAUCAAUGUGUUGGGCAUAGUGCUGAAUGACUAGAUCGAGUCUUGUACACAUCAAAUUAAAAGUCUUCGGAGGAACAAAUAUAAAUAUUGAAAACAAUGGAGGAGUAUAACAUGUACCUACCCAUUCUUAAUAAAUUAACGAUAGAUGUAUUCCCUGAGAUACUGCGAAAUCUUUUAGAAUCCUUCAUGAAUCACACACAACUUCCUGAUUGGUACGCCUCUGUUAGAGGAAGAACAUUUUUCAGCAAGAUUGAAGAAAUUUAUAUAUUCGAAAGUCCACAGAAAGGUUAUCAACAAUUCGAUUUAAGUCUUUUAAUAAAGAUUUUGAAAUAUUUGUUUGGAGAAACAACCAUUAAUUCACAUUUAGACACUCUGUGUCGAAUUAGAAACAAAUUAUCUCAUUUACCAAAUACGAAUAUCACAAGGGAUGAGUUUGACUCUUAUUUUAAACAAUGCUGUGAUGUAGCCGAUAGUAUUGAUAAUCAUCUUAGAAGACCAGGAUGUUUAGGUCAAAGGUUUUGUGACAUACGCGACAAAGGUUUUGUCGUGUUUUCAGGUCAAGCAAGCAUUGGUGAAAUACAGAAACAACUGAAUGAACUACAAAGGAAUGGAGAAGGAAUCACAAAUUCACAAAUUAACCAGAUAACCAUGACUACUAAAUUAGAUAUACAAGAAUUAGAAAUAAAAAAUAAAAAAGAGUAUGUCAAACUGAAUGAGCUGAAGAAAAUGCUGACCCGUGUCGGUAAAACGCUAGAGCCUCCAGAGGACACCAAUUAUUAUCAUAUUUGGAAACAAAAAUUAGAUCUACCUGCUGUUCAAACUUGCAAAGGAACCAAAUAAUACAACAGACACUGAAUGAAGACAACUCAACUUUUAAAAAUCAGAAAAGAAUAAUAUACGGUUUACAGGGACAUUGCAGAGUGUGUAAAAGAUAAAAGAUACACAAUUGUAUGCCAAUCUACAGACACAACAGAGUCUUACACAGACACAGUAGAAGAACAAUCUCAAUGCAGGUUACAAAAACAGCCAUCUGACUCUGCUGAUGAUCAAUCUAACGAGAUAAUAUCGAUUCCGCAUGCGACUAAAAUCUGUAGAGAAGAAAGCAUUGUACAUCAACAUAAACGUGUGAAACCUCGUUGCCGGAGACCGGAACUUGCGCAGGAAACAGUAUCAACAGUUAUAAACGUCACUGAGGAGUCCAUCUUAUCCGGGUCAAUGAAUCCUCAUUUACCUCAUCGAUGUGCACAUUCGUUAAUCACAGAACUACAAUCAAAAAACGAUUACAAAAAUAUUAACGAAAAAAAAACACACAUUGCUACAAAAAAUGGAGAUGCAAAGAUAAAUGUGUCUUGGGAAAUGUGUUCAACUAGAAAUAGGCCUGGAAAGAAACAUAAGGACGAUGCUGCCACUAAGAAAGACGGAAAAAUAUGCAGUGCAUAUCCUUCAAAAGAAAAGCCGUCUAAAUUAGAAUCGACUGUUGGAGUUGAUCAAAGUCAGUCUGUAAUACCACACAAGAUGAAAAGAUGUUCAAAAUGUAUAAGGGAAGUCGACGAUGCAUUGAAUGUUACUGAUAACAAACUUGUUCUUAGAAGUUUGUCAAAUGAAAUUAAACAUAUUGUCAAUGAAACAAAACACCAGUUCUUUUUUUCUAAUCCAAGACCUGGACUUGAUUUGAGGGACUGGGUAGAGAAACAACUGCCAAAAUCAAAAGAUGAAAGAUUGGAUACAUUUCACAGAGAUUCAAAGGAAAACAUUAAAAAGAAAAAGAAAACAGAAAAAAAAGAAUGCACUUGUUACCAAGCAUUAGGUGUUGAACUUAGAGAAGACGCACCAGUCGACGAAUAUGCGGAUCCUUAUAGUCUAAAUAAAAGAAUGAGUACUGCGGACGUGGCGAUCCUUCAUUCAGAUCAAAAGGAAGAUGGAGCACUGGCAGAAAGAUAUCUAAAUCAUUUGAAGACAACAGUGAUUGGACUUACAGGCGAAACACAGGAAGCGAUAUUUCUUCCCGGAAGAAAUGUAUUUGACAUUAAACCGCUAUUAAAAUAUAAAAACAUAUUUGUGCUAAUCACUAGAUUUUAUGAACGUGCAAAUGUAUUAAGAUACAUAGUGCGAACGUUACUUCAUUUGUCACUUCGUUUCGAUAUGAAAAUGUGCAAGCUAAUACCUGUUUUUAUGGAAAAUAUAGGACAUUCACCCUUGGAAUUCAUUCCAAUCCAUCCACUGAAGUUUUACAAAACACUAGAAGAAAGUGAACACAAUAAACUUGAAAUCAGUUCAUAUUAUUGCAAUGCUUUGAAAGCUAUAUUUAGUAAACAAUUGAAUACUGGCUAACAAUAGUUUUUAAGACAUGAAUUAUUUAAUAAAUAUAUUAUA